GGGCGGGGGCAACAGCGGCAGCUCGGCCGCCAUGCAGUCGUCUUGCUCAUCGACCUCGGGCGGCGGCGGCGGCGGUGGCGGCGGGGGAGGUGGCGGUGGUGGGAAGUCGGGGGGCAUUGUCAUCUCGCCGUUCCGCCUGGAGGAGCUCACCAACCGCCUGGCCUCGCUGCAGCAGGAGAACAAGGUGCUGAAGAUCGAGCUGGAGACCUACAAACUCAAGUGCAAGGCGCUGCAGGAGGAGAACCGCGACCUGCGCAAAGCCAGCGUGACCAUCCAAGCCAGGGCUGAACAGGAAGAAGAAUUCAUCAGUAACACUUUAUUCAAGAAAAUCCAGGCUUUACAGAAGGAGAAAGAAACCCUUGCUGUCAACUAUGAGAAGGAAGAGGAGUUCCUCACUAAUGAGCUCUCCAGAAAAUUGAUGCAGCUGCAGCAUGAGAAAGCUGAACUAGAACAGCAUCUCGAACAGGAGCAGGAAUUCCAGGUCAACAAACUGAUGAAGAAAAUUAAAAAACUGGAGAAUGAUACCAUUUCUAAGCAGCUUACAUUAGAACAGUUGAGGCGAGAGAAGAUCGACCUUGAAAAUACUUUGGAACAAGAACAAGAAGCCCUAGUUAAUCGUCUCUGGAAAAGGAUGGAUAAACUUGAAGCCGAAAAGCGAAUCCUGCAGGAGAAAUUAGACCAGCCGGUCUCUGCUCCCCCAUCGCCUAGGGACAUCUCCAUGGAGAUCGACUCUCCGGAAAACAUGAUGCGGCACAUCAGAUUUUUAAAGAAUGAAGUGGAGAGGCUGAAGAAGCAACUGAGAGCUGCCCAGUUACAGCAUUCCGAGAAGAUGGCCCAGUAUCUGGAGGAGGAACGUCACAUGAGGGAGGAGAACUUGAGGCUGCAGAGGAAGCUGCAGAGGGAGAUGGAGAGAAGAGAGGCCCUCUGCCGCCAGCUCUCCGAGAGCGAGUCCAGCUUAGAGAUGGAUGAUGAGAGGUAUUUUAAUGAGAUGUCUGCACAAGGAUUAAGACCUCGCACUGUGUCCAGCCCGAUCCCUUACACGCCUUCUCCGAGCUCAAGCAGGCCGAUAUCACCCGGUCUCUCAUAUGCAAGUCACACAGUUGGUUUCACACCACCAACUUCACUGACUAGAGCUGGAAUGUCUUAUUACAAUUCUCCAGGUCUUCACGUGCAGCAUAUGGGAGCAUCCCAUGGUAUCACAAGGCCUUCGCCGCGGAGAAGCAACAGCCCUGACAAAUUCAAACGGCCCACGCCGCCUCCGUCUCCCAACACACAGACCCCGGUCCAGCCACCGCCGCCUCCGCCGCCGCCGCCCAUGCAGCCCACGGUCCCCUCGGCAGCCACCUCGCAGCCCGCCCCCUCGCAACAUUCGGUGCACCCUUCCUCCCAGCCUUAAUGCAUGUGCUUGGUCCGACUCUCGCGUUGGGACUCGUGCAGUGGAGCCGUCUCCUCUACGCCAAAGGCUUCCUCCCCUGGCAUAUUUGGAUCUGACUUAUUUGCACUGAGGUUACCUAGGCUUCACUUUUCAUUGUGUUGUAAACGUUUGUCGGAGACGCAGCCAGUGUUGUGGGUCUACAACACUAACCAGACGACUCUUUCCAUCGGUGUUUUACUUGAAUCUACAUGUACGUCCAUUCCCUGGCUGGAACAUCGGCUAUCCGGUAUUUGGUAGUUCAGCAGCAGUGUGCAAUUUUCGCUUGGCCCCAGAGCUUCAUUUUCCUGGCUUUUAGGUUUGUGAAAUAAAAAGGGAUAUCUUUUUUUAUAUUUUUUCCCAUGAAUUUGCAGAAAAUUACGGAGCUGUUAUUGCCCUCUCCCCCAUUAUAAUGGUGUUUACCAAACAUACCAGUAAUUCAGCACUACAGUUCAGACCUUUGAAAAUCGAGCUUUCAGUGUAGAAUGGGAAGUCAGAGGGGUCAGUGCCCAAGACAGUAUAUUGUUUAAUAGAGCUUUCUGCAGAUACACUUUGUAUAGAUUAUUUUCAGUGUAUAUCGACAUCCAUGCCUCUGGUAAAACAGCCCAAGGCAAUGGAUCACAUGGCUGUACCUUUUCCAGGUACAUGGGGCGGAUGAUGAUUGUAUAUCAAGGUGUGAGUCUCUCUUUAUCCUGGAUUUAAUCUACGAGACUGGCCCCUCUCACGUGAGUUGAUAAAUGUUGGCCUACCCACCAGAGGUUGCGGUGGCUGAUGAGAACGUGCUGUUUGAUUUCUGCUUGCAGAAGGCAAUGUGAUUGUAACAAAAACAGCUAUUUUCCCUUUCCGGUCUUUAUUUGUGUUCCCCUAAAAUAGAGUUCAGACAGAUAUUUUAAAGGUGCAAAAUACUAUUAGAAAAUACUAUUUGAAAUGAACAUUAUAGGAAUAUCUUGGCAUAAUGGCCAACAAAAUACUUUAUUGCUUGGCAGAAAAGAGAAGAGGUGUAGAGGAAAGUAGCACAUUAGCAUUGAGGACUGCUUAUUUCGCCCAGUAAAAGCAAGUGCAGUGUACAAAGAAGUAUAUUCUGAAUACGUUAUUUCCAUUCAUUUAGCACAAAUAAAUCAUUUGGUUUCACUUUAAAGUGGAACAUGGUGAGUCACUCUUUUCUUAACACUCGCAACAUCUUUAUUUUUGCUUUUCAGCAGUUGCUGUUUUGUACUUUGGUAGUAAAGUGAUUUUUACCACCUGUGUUUGCAUAUUUAUAUAUGCUGUGGACAAAAAAUAACUUACUAGAGAAUGUAUAUUUUAUGAUGAGAAUGUGUAUCUGUUGGAUAUAAUCAGAGAACUGAAAACUAAUUUAUCCGUCACUUUUAAGAGUCCCUGUUUUGUGACGACCAUCUCCAACAGCUAGCUCUUUACUGAACACACUCCUAAGCAUAAGGAACCAUGACAUUGUAGAUAUUUAAUGUUGUACAGUAGAGGAACCUCCAUUUUUUGCCUUCAAGUGCAUAUUUAAGAGUUACAGAAUGAAGAGAAGGCUUGUUGGGUAAUAGUGUUGGACUAGCAUCUCAAGAACUUGAGAGUAAAAGCAUCAGUAGGAGUGUUCACCCCUUGCAGCUUACACCCCCGAACUGAGAACAUCUCUCCUCAAUUGUUGGGAAGAAAUUGUAGAUCUAUAUCAAUGUUUAUUUAUAAUGUGUAAUAUACAUAAUCAUAGUACAGUUCUCAAAUACAGGGAAGAGGUUUGGCAUUUAAUUAUUGAGGCUUGAGGUUUUUAAUUUGAGCAGACAGGGUCAUAUCCAACCUGGGGAUUUCACCAACAGCUCACUGUCUCCCUCCACCCACCCCCUUGGUACAUGGCCAUUCUGAGGAAUUCUGAGAACAGGCAGACAGACAGAUGUUGCCUUCAUGGUACAGUUCUCAGUUUUCCUUACAGGAGAAAUAUGGUAUAUGUUUACAAGAAUCUUAGGAGAUGGUAGGUUUCAGUGCUUUUAGAUAGUGUCUUGCACUCACCCAAGUGAUGUAACCAUCUUCCCUCCGCUUGCUGGCUAUUUAGUUACUUCCCGAAAGCACAAAAGUCAAAACAUUGCCAUAUGGUGGUGACUGAAAAAGCACUUGGAGUGAGCAAACAGUUCCUGAUAAACGCCUUUUAGAGACAGGUUCUUGACAUCCGGACUUCUGCAGAAAUGUAGUGCUGGUUUCCCUAGACUAGUCAUUUCAUUUCAAAAUAAAACACAGCUCCUUCAAACAGCACUCUGUCGCCAUAAAUCCAGUUGCCUCUCCCGGCCAACAUUUGGAAUUGAUAGAACAAACACUACUAUUUUGAAUUGCAGCUGUCUCACGUCCUGUUAGUUUUAUGACCCCGUGUGGAGCCUGUCACACUUGGGCUGUCCCUGCUAGAGCAGUUUCUUGGCAAUUGUUUAGCCCCCAGGGACCCCUUAGGUUCAGAUCUCAAACCACAGGGGCUCUUACCCAUAGAAGCUUAUUUACCUUGGGCGCUUCUGGGCCUAAAUGUGGUUCCUGCUGUUUGCAUUGCCCACCCGCCGAGGGUAGCCCUGGACUGACUCCCAGAGGCCUCCGAAGGCAGGUGGGAGCAACAGCAGGUUCAGGGGCUUCAUUUUCCUGUCUGGCUGACAGAGACCCUCGGCUACCACUGUGCUGCUAAUAGGAUAAAUACGCCAGAUCACCACGCCUUUAUACAAAACCAGAUUACUUUCCCUGAUACCUGACGCCUCUCUGGGCUCUGAUUGCUCUCUCUCAUCAAGCAUGCUGGCGUUCUAGACAGAAUUAUAGAAAUUUGGCAGAUGGCAGAAUUAUUUAAGAUUUAAUUGGACUCGAUCCUCUGUUAACUGAAAGGAGUUUCAAAUUCUGAGCUCCUGAGAGACUGACCACAACCAUGAAAUGAAUGUGAGACCAGAAUGUGGCUUUGACACCAAGUGCUGCUGACCCUUUGUAAUUGGCUUCUGAUUUGACCAGAGAGAAUUGAUAAUGUGAAUUUCUUGUUAACUGUUCCACUGUAGGAAAAUAGACUACGUAUCGCCCUUUGUUAGGUAGACAUGAACUUCUCCUGCACGAAGCCUUGCUUGUAGAGGACGCCCCCAGUAAGGCAAGAAAAAGCAUAGUAACUUGUGCUUUGAGAGCUCAAUAUUUUUAUCUCAUCAGUACAGAAGAAAUAUUUCUAUGUAACUUAAUCUUCUGUCUAGUACUUAUAGAUAACCAACACUGAAAACUUUGUAGUGAUGACUACCAAAGAAAUGCAUAGUAAAACAACCAUUUAUUUCCAAAUUAUUAAAGAGCCAGCCAUUGACGCUGCUACGUGAGUUCCAUGCUCAAGAGCCAUUAUAAGAGAUUAAGGGGUUUUUAGGUUUUGGGGUUUUUUUUGUUUGUUUAUUUGGGUUUUUUUUCCAGUUUUUUCUCUUUUCUCUUUACUUUUUUUUUUGGUAAAACAUACACACACAGCUGUUUGCAUAAAAUUAUGGGGAGCAUUUUUCUGAAUGCUCAGCAGUCGUGGUUAACUGCCAAGCCCUGGUUGCCUCUUGUAGGCAAUGAAAGGAAUCCUAUGUUCAUGAUAGUGUGGGUGCUGUGUGUGUGCACGUGUGUGUGUGUGUGUGUGUGCAUUCAUGCCUUAACUCGGGUUACUGCUCAACUUCAGUUCUUGACUUAGUCUGCACUGUCAUCUGGAUUGUAUUGUACAUCUCGAUCUGAACUUCAUCCUGGCAAAAACAAAGUUGCAGGCACAACAGUGUAAAAAUACCUUCCUCCAGAAGAGGAUUGGAUCAGGUUGACCCUGAGCCUUCUUUGGACUUUAUUUGGAGCUAGGCAUGGAAAGCAAAAGUGGACUGUCACGUGGAAAGACGUCAGCGAGGAAGAGAGGAGAGCCGAGUGCUAGCAUGUCUUUUGCCUCCACAUAUCUGUGCACACUGUACGUCGUUCAUGAUAGCUUGUCUACAACUUGACUAGGUUGGAGUUCUGGUAAUAGUGGCAAUCUUGACAUUCUUGGUCAGAGUUUAGAGAGAUGUAAGACUUCCAAUUAAUGUCUUAUUUACUUCUUUAUGUUGAUUAGUCUUUGAUACAUGUGCUGAAUCAGAAACCUAAAUAAAGAUAAUUUUUUAAAAUGAA